GACUGCCUUCUUUUCGACAGUUAGUACGUAAUCCGCGGACUCUAACCGCAAACUAGAAUGACGCGACGGAUCCGUGUACGAACGAAUUUCCAUAACCGAGCGAAUAAUUCCGUCACGCGCCAAAAGAACGAGGCAAAAGCGUCGUAAAGAACGAAGCGAAAGUGUUAAAGGAAAAUAGCGCCGCGUACCUCUUUUCCAUGCAGCUCGGUGGCUCUAUUAAUAGGAUUCCGGCGAGGCAAGUGUUAAAAUCGCGUAGGCUCGUUGCUCACUCCCGGCUAAACUAAGUGCACGCACAACAUUGUGGAAAGAGCGACAUGCACACGGUGGUCACAGGAGGCUUCGCCACCGGGCGAGCAAACAGAGGCGGCCGACGCGACACCCUUCCGAGCGCGUGCAGCAGCGGCGCGGCAGCUGAAGAAGAAGAAGACGACGACGACGAAGAAGAAGAAGAAGAUGGUGGCGGUCGCGGCGGAGGGCGAGGGAGGCUGCGCUCCUAUAUGUAGCCCCGAAUCUUAGUCGGAGCAACUAUUACGCCCGAAAACCUCGAGGCGGACGCACCCCUGUGUUAUUCGCAACGGGUACAGGGCACACGGUCGACGACAUCCGCGCGAGACGUAGAGCUGCUUUUUAUUUAUUUACACGGGAAAUUUACGCACCUCUUUUUUUUUUCUUCCAUCCUCCUCGGAAUCACGUGCCGUCGUCGUUGCGCCGUGACCGAUCGAAUUCACCACCGGACACGUCCCAGUGAUAUCUAUCUCCUGUGUGUGACAGUGCCGAUUUGGAACCGAGGUAUGGUUUGUGUGAUCGUCCGUUCGGGACUGUAAAGAGAGAGACCAAGGAAUACGAAAAUGCCGCGGGCCUUCCUGAUCACGCAUCGCCGGUACAACGGUGUCGACGAGGAGUUCGACGGUUCCGGAAGAGAUUUCAGCCCCGAGAGAGGCGUGAGACUGGCCGACUACAGCGGAAGUCAUCCGACGUCCGACGGCGCGAGCGAAUGCGGCAGUGAAACAUCGUCGGAGUGCCCCGAGGAGCUGUACAAUCUGACGAAAUUGGCAGAAGUCAGCCUAGCAGCGGCCGCUGGCACGUUGAUACAUCCCAGCAAUGUGAUCUAUCAGCAGCCGGCCUCGCCCAGGUGCGCUCAAUUCUCGGACAGGAUCAUGGCGCCCCGGUCGAAGCAGCAGGAGCUCCAGUUCCAAGACCACGGGCGGACGAUGGAGGACGAUCAGACACUUGGGGAGAGGACCAGGCUGUUCUUCGAGAGGAUCGAGUCCGAGCGCGAGAUCCUGCAGAGCCACUCGGAGAGGAACACGGUCCUGGGCAUCCACGUGUCCGCUCAUUCUCAUCGUCUGCAAGAGGAACGACGGCUACAGGUGUCGGACAAUUCGUUAGACAAAACAGAGCUGGACCCUGCCUCGGCGAUACCGUCGGCCAUACCGCACAGCAGAAGAACGACCUCGACCUCGACGGAGACGUCGAAGUCCGAGGACAACGAAGACCACGAGUGCCCGGAUUGCGGAAAGAAGUAUUCGACUUCCUCGAACCUGGCCAGACACCGGCAAACACACAGAUCCCUCGGUGACAAGAAGGCGAGGCGGUGCCCACACUGCGACAAGGUCUACGUCAGCAUGCCUGCGUUCAGCAUGCACGUCAGGACGCACAAUCAGGGGUGCAAGUGCCAUUACUGCGGCAAGUGCUUCUCGAGGCCGUGGUUGCUGCAGGGCCACAUACGCACGCACACAGGUGAGAAGCCGUUCAAGUGCACGAUUUGCAACAAAGCGUUCGCGGACAAGUCGAACCUGCGUGCCCACAUUCAAACGCACUCGAAUACGAAACCGCACGUGUGUGGCCGUUGCGGAAAAGCGUUCGCCCUGAAGUCGUAUCUGUACAAACACGAAGAAUCUUCCUGUAUGCGUGCCCAUCACCGUUCGUCCGCGGAAAGAACGGACGGUAACGAUCAGAAAAGUAGUACUACGUCCUCUGUGAAAUCGUGUCCGCCAUUGCCGUCCUCCUUGAACCGGCUGCCGACGACACCGCCCUGCGUCACCGCAUCCCCUACUAGCGUGAUAGUACCGCGGCUAGACCUGAACCGCGACCAAAGGAAUCCGUCUUCGGCAUUCUCCGCGAUCAUCAGACACACCAGGAUACCGGAAGCGCCGUUGAAACGACCCUGCCGGGCGAAAACGCCGGCCGACGAACCGGACAGAAACGUCGCCGAUAAUCAUUCAACGAAGAGCCAAGAAUGCGUGUCGCGUAUGGUGAUCAGAACGUCCGUCAUCUCGCCGAAUCCGGAACACCUAAGCCGUUUCAGCAACGACAGCCAGAAUUCCUCGAGCGGCUUCGAUUUCUCCGAUCCGACGAGAUCCUCCGCGUUCUCCAGACCAACCACGAUGACUCUCAACCUGGCCAUCGCGUAGAGAUCUGCAAUGCCGACCAUGCAUGUACAUCCGUGGUAGCUAUGUUACCGGGCAUCGGUGAAACAGAACUGAUUCCGUGGUGCGCCAUAAAGCUUAUCCUAUUUUCACCGGAACAGAAAGAGACGGUCGUGAAAGAAUUAUUAUCGAAACUCGAAGACGUCAUUAUUUGCUAGCAACUAGUGUCAUUCCUAUCGAUAUCGAGAUAAGUCCGUUAAGUUUUUUUUCUUUCUUUUUUUUUCUUCUUUUUUAGUAGCAGGAACGUUUGAAAUUCUGUCGUGCUGCCGGAUAACGCCUCGGCGGCAGCCACCCGUUUUUAUAGUCGAACGUAGAAAUCAAUCAUGAAUCGAGUAACCACGAUCGACAACGAUUGCGAGAGACGUACGUUAUUCCAUACACCUUCCUAAUUAGGGACCACCUAGCAGAUAGUCGUAGUGAAGAUGAAAUCGGUGAAUCGUCGAUUCCUAAAUGUCGUGUGCCUUGAACGUUAAUCUCGCGUGGACGGAUUCUGUUUUCUUCUUGAAAGACACGCCGCGUCGUUAUUUAGAGAAUAAUUUAUUGACCUGAAGUGGAAAUCCAGUGCCUGCAUACGCGUGUUAACUUUAAUAUUACUCACGUCGAUCGAAUCCAAAGUUCCAUGUGCUCUUCCAGGCAGCUAGAGAUUCCUUGAUGCUUGAUGCUAACGCGUAGUUGAUCGUAGAACAACGACGAAUGCCGGUCGAGGCCACUGUUUCCAUUUGCCGGCCUCGCAGAAUAGUUUACGCACUGAAACGGGGCAAUUUCAUUUCAGAGCUUCCUUCAAAUUCGAAUCAAAUAUGAAGUGGACAACUGCUCGCUUUUGAUUCCGAUACUUGCGUAAUGGAGGGGAUUGUCGACUUCCCCGACCGUGGCUGCGCAUGCGCCGUUACGACACGACGUAGUGCACAUAGCGACGCGUAGAUCGGCUUUCUGCUACACGGCGCACUCCCACCGCUUCGGUGUUCGUCUUACAGUUGGAGUGGGGAGGUUUGUCGGCGACCUCGCGGAGCGCGCGCACGCUAGAAACACACCCCUAUGACGCCGACAAAUGGAAACACUAGUUGAGGCGGGCAGAACGAAGAAACGGUUUGGCCAUUGAAACUGUAUAUUUCAAUUCUAAUUAGCCUCGGUAGAAGUAUUUGUACGUUUUGAAAGUUCUCUUUAGAAUACCGCCGCGUAGUUUAUACAUUCGCGAAGAGUGCGCAACGUACGAUUUAAACUUAACUCGAACUAUCGAAUAGUUAUCUAAGAUUAUUCGUCCGGAACGAUCGAUAGAGAAACGGAUAGAUGUAAUUUCGUGUGUCGGCAUGAUGGUAGCGAACGUGUACGUCCUAAGACGAUAGGUUUUAUAUUAUAAUAAUGCAUUAAACGCGCUUUCUUCUGUCGGUAGAACGCGUAUUGUCUGUGAUUCGAAGUUUACGGAAUUCGACUGCCAUAUAUGCGGUCACGUGGCCCUCUGUUGGUCGUACUGUACAAUAAGUAAAGAACCUUCUUUUCUUUCUUCAAUCCGUUACCGUCCGAUGGUAACUGUCCGAGUGUAAACUAGUCCAAUCCCGUAUUGCUAUUCUAAGCGCUAUCCGACGAAAUGUGUACAGGCGAGAUACACGAUCGAAUCGUGUAAUUAACGCGAAGGUGGAACGUUCGUCGAUUAAGAAACUCGAGCGAAAGAUUUCGAUGCGAACAGGGUAGCGCGAAAAUUCGAAUAGCAACGGCUAUGAUAAAAGAUUCUUACGUAGUUUAUCGAUCACAUUUUCUUUCCACUUGUAUAGUUGUACAUUAGAGGAAUGUGUUUACGUUAACCAGGAAGCAGCGAAGGCGUGCAUGAAAUGCGCGUGUCCUAGUCACCGAUCUUAAAACGAAGAUCGAACAUAGGGAUCCCGUAAUUGUAUUGUAAUAUUCUGUUGUAUAGUCGUGUGGGCAAACACGUUGUAAAUAGCAUUCCCUACGUUACACGUUAGCACUUAUCGUUAGAUUAUCUCGCAUUAUUAGUCCUUUUAAUUAGCGCAAUUUAAUUUACCGUUGUUUUACGUUUUAUGUAAUGUGCCAUUUGUACACCGGAGUGCCUAAGCAAACAUUUUACCAAUUUUUCUACGAAUUGUAAAAGUAUCGUCUACUACAACGAGAAAAUAUAUACAUACCGCUAUACACGCGUUUUAAUAUA